AUGUCGGAUGAUGAAUAUGGAGAUAUCGACGAAGAUGUUUGGGAUGUAGCCGAAGCAUUGACUCAAGCGUCGCAAACUCUACCAUCCAAUCCCUCUCAUCGCAGAAAACGAAGGCGAAUCAGCUCAGGCCAAGAGCUCGACGAUUACAAUGAUGAUGAUUUAUCAAUUCAGCAACGACAUCGAUCGCGAGGCUCUAUAUCUAGCGACCAUGAUGAAGGAGACGAGAAAAAGCAGUCUAAAUACAGAAUACAUGUAGCCGCGGAAGAAGUACCGGCAGCAGUCAUCAUGGGGGCGACACAAGCGGACGGAAUGCCUGAUUCGAGUCCUUACAGAAUUAGAGGACCUAUAUAUAAGAGGCCGAGACCGCUCCCAUCACCGGAAUUAGAGCCUAAGCCCACAUCAGCAUUGGCUUCUGUGUUCCGGCCUACCAAAGCCCAGAAACAGAACACUGCUCCACAGUCCGCCCCAGCCGCCGCCUAUGAUUUCUCCAAAGAGCUCGAGGAUCUACCGUCCGAUGCUUUCUCUCCAAGCCCGCCACAACAAAACAUAUCAACUGGUUUGAUUACGAUCAACUCAUCGCCCCCAUUCGAAUUUACACAAUCAGUUCGUUCUCAACGACUGGUCGCACCACAGAAUGGCCUUCGUCAAACUACACUCUUUGGUGGACGUGCUCCAAACCAGGCGCCAUCUUCCACACAAGCUAAGAAAGUGCAUAAUUAUUUGGUAGAUAAGGUACCAGAGCCACCGACGCAUCAUUCUUUGGACCGAGAGGCUAUCAAAACAUGGGUGUAUCCAAAUAAUCUAGGUCCAGAACGGCGAUAUCAAUACACCAUCGUACAUAAGGGACUUUUUAAUAAUCUCUUGGUGGCUUUACCAACAGGUCUUGGAAAGACAUUUAUUGCAGCGACCAUCAUGCUCAACUUCUUUCGGUGGACGAAAAAUUCACAAAUAGUCUUUAUGGCGCCAACAAAACCUUUGGUGUCUCAGCAAGUUAAAGCUUGCUUCGAGAUUGCGGGCAUACCGAGAUCAUCAACGACUAUGCUGACAGGAGAUCAGACCCCAGCUUUAAGAGCCGAAGAAUGGGAUGAAAAGAGAGUGUUUUUCAUGACGCCACAGACUGUCGAAAAUGAUUUGAAGACAGGUAUAGCUGACCCUAAGAGGAUCGCGCUUCUGGUUGUUGACGAAGCACAUCGAGCAACUGGCAAAUACGCAUAUACUAAAGUUGUCGAGUUUCUGCGAAGAUUCAAUAAGAGUUUCCGUGUACUUGCUUUGACAGCCACCCCUGGAUCAACCGUGGAAGCAGUUCAGGAGGUAAUCGAUAAUUUGGAAAUUGCUGAGGUUGAAAUUCGAACAGAAGAGUCUAUCGACAUUAAGGAGUACGUUCAUCGGCGAGAUAUCACUGAGAUUCUCAUAGAUCCUUCCGAUGAAAUCAUUAUGAUUAGAGACCUCUUUAGCAAGGCGCUUCAGCCGCUUGUUAAUUUGUUAUGCUCGCAAAAAGCCUAUUACAAUAAGGAUCCUAUGUCACUUACUCAGUUUGGCAUGCUUACAGCUAGAAAGACGUGGAUGGCAUCUGGUGCAGGUAAGACUGCAAACAUGGGCGUCAAAGGAAUGAUGAAUGCCUUGUUUACUGUGUUGACGAGUAUGGGGCAUGCAAUAAAAAUUCUCAACUUCCAUGGAAUUGGGCCGUUCUUUUCGAAUAUCAAGGACUUUCGAGCAGAGGUCGAGGGAAACAAAAAGGGUGGGAAAUAUAAAAACCAAGUCGUUAAUGAUCCAGACUUUAAAAAGAUGAUGGACAGGAUUCAAAGUUGGAUUAAUAAGGAAGACUUUAUUGGCCACCCAAAGCUCACUCAUUUGUGCGAUACAGUGCUGAAUCACUUUCUCGACGCGGGCGCUGGUUUGGCCCGUGGCAAUAUGCCACCUUCAAGCACUCGGGUAAUUGUCUUCACCGAAUACCGGGAUAGUGCUGAAGAUAUAGCACGGGUACUCAACAAACAUGGCCCAAUGAUCAAAGCAUCUGUCUUUGUGGGCCAAAGCGACUCGAAGCGCUCAGAAGGUAUGAAUCAGGAGAAACAACUUGAAACCAUUCGCAAAUUCAAAGCAGGAGGCAUAAAUGUUAUAGUUGCAACUAGUAUCGGUGAAGAGGGUUUGGAUAUUGGAGAAGUCGACCUGAUCGUCUGCUAUGACUCUUCUUCAUCCCCUAUUAGGAUGCUGCAGCGAAUGGGACGUACAGGAAGGAAGAGAGCUGGUAAGAUUGUUCUCCUUCUCAUGCGCGGGAAGGAGGAAGAUUCAUACAAGAAGUCGAAGGACAAUUAUGAGCAGAUGCAAAGAAUGAUUAGUUCUGGUUCUCGCUUCACUUUUCGCCACGAUUUAUCUGCUCGUAUCAUUCCGAGAGACGUUAAGCCUCAGGUCGAAAAACGUUUUAUUGAGAUUCCUCCGGAGAAUACCCAAGAUCCAUCUUUGCCGGAACCGAAACGACGUGCUAAAGCCAAGAAGAAGCCUGCCAAAAAAUUUCAUAUGCCUGAUGGUGUUGAGACAGGUUUUCGUAACGCCUCGAAACUCAAUGGCAGUGUCGCGGGCUCCGCUUCAGCAAUUUUCGGCGUCAAACGAAAGCCUAGUGAGCUGAAUGAUGAUGAGCUAGCGCCAGUACCCUUACUCGACUCCGUGUUACUAAGUGAGAGGGAUUUGGCAGAGCUUGAUCGGCGCUUUUUAAGAGUGCCAGAUGGUGCUUGGGAAGAGGUCGAGAUGCCCGAUUUGACAGCUCAGCCAAGCACACAACGAUCUCUAACCAUGACAGCUAAAGUUUCACACGGAAAAUACACCAGAAAAUGCGUUGAUCUAUUCAGCAAGCUUUUGAGAUCUCAAGCACCUGGGAACCGUGAUAUCAAACCAUAUGGAGACGAAGCACCAUCUGACCUUGGUAAAAUGCCAACGAUGCCAUUAGAAGCGGAACUACUCGCUAGAUAUCCUAAAGCUCCAAAGCCUACACAAGUCCUAAAGCUUUCUAAAGUAACCAAAACCACACCCGCGCCUAAGAAAAUACCCGCAUCUAGAAAAGCUAUAUCCAAAAAGGUUCCAGUACGUUGUAACCGCCCUCUUCAACACGAGAAUUCCGACUCUGAAGAUAGUACCACGUCCAUGGCCAUGGUAUCAAAUCUCCGCUCUUCUCAAAUUCCUCAACCAACACCUGAUUCCGAAGAAGAAGGGCCAGGUGAAAGAGUUGACAGAACCAGUGACAUGGAAGAUCUAGAAGCGAGUGACGACUCGGAUCUGGGAAGUCUGAUUGAUUUUAUUGAUCCCACGCAAAUCCAAACCCAGAUGAACCUUACAGGGACGUCCAACUUUUCGUCAAGCCCACCACAGAUGGAGAGGUGGGAUGGAGAUGAGAAACAAAGGGGGAGAGGAAAAGGCGGGUUGUUGGGAAGGGCAGUGGAGAGGGAUAAAGCUAAGAAUCUGUCUUCUGAGAGACCGGUACCUACGAUGACACAAGACAGUAGCGAUGAUGACUUACCUACCAUCGAGGAUCUUGUCAGAGGUGAUGCUGUCACUAAAAAUAGUGUAAAUUUCCCAUCCAGUAGUGUAUUAAGCAGUGGGAAGAAAGCGACGCCGAACAUGUUUACGAGGAAGAGGGAUGGUGAUAUCAGGGGAAGAGGAAACAAGCGGAGAAUUGUGGAUAGUGAUGAUAGCGAUGAAUGA